AGUCCUGGAAAGCCACACAGUUCUUGACCAGCGUUCUGCUUGCGUUCGGUUUUUCUGUUUUGUUUUUUUUCUAACGAAUGUGGGAACGCCAUCAAAUUUAAAUGAAAGCAUCUGACACUUAAAGCCAUCCAAAGCCACCUCCUUGGAGACACCUGAAUACACUUCUCAGUGUAUUCAACAUGUCGAAAUAAUUCAAAUCAAAACAGCACUCCACCGUUUUCCCCAUCGAGCACGGCAGCGAUGCAAGCUGGUCAUCAGGUAACCAUCAGCACAUCUCUCCAGAUCCCUUCCCAGCCUGAGACUGCUGUACUCAGGAACAGACACCCAAUCCUGCUGGACACCAUCCAUCCCGGGCUGGUCCAGGCCAUCAUCAAUCCGAAGCGAGGUAUGGAGGGAGCCCAACAGACUCCGCAACCCCCGGGGACCUGCAGCUCACCUGCUGGGAAAUCAUGCUGGAACUUGGAUGUGAGGGUGGCCGUGCUUCUGGUGACUCUGGCUGGAGCUGUGAUCCUGCUGCUGCUGUAUAAACUGUUACAGCUGAGACAUAGGUUGAAGUUGGCCCGGGCGAGGCACGCUCUGGAGUACUACAGCUUCUACCACACUGCCACCUACACGCUCAAACACUCUGCGUCGUGUCAGAGCUUGCCAGUGAAGAACGGGUCGGUUCCUGAAGCUACACCGCCGGUCCAAACUGUAACCCCUGUGACUACCACCGUCUUCACCCCACUUCCACCCCCACCGGUGUCUUCUCCACCCCCACUGCCACUCCCCCCAUCUCCUGUCCUGCCUCGACCACCGCUCCACUCUCUACCUCCUGUCCUGCCUCCACCACCGCCCCUCGCUCCACCUUCUCUCACUCCAACACCUUCUGUCCUGGCCCUCCCUCUCCCCCUGCCUGUGAUCCACACCACCCCGCCCAGCCCUCACCUGUCAUGGGGUGCCUGCUCAGACGUGGAAGUUUACUCUCGGAUUGGAGCUUUUAGGCCCUCCAGGCACUCCAGCCUCUCCAACCAAUCAAAAGUCAUCCUUUUUGAGCACUCGUCUCUCUGAACUCUUAUUGGAGAUGUUGACGGAAGACUGUUGCCAAAAACAAGCUCCUCUGCUUCGAGUACUGUACACUGUAUGUCCAAGUAUACAGUGUAAAUGAGAGGUGCAGACAAGUAUUUGAAGUUCAAAUACUUUCAGUGCUCUCCAAAAGUUCAAAAACUGACGUUUGAGUUUUGUGGGGCACUGAAUUGAUUCACCUACUAUCCGUAGCAGACUUUGUGCCGACCUCUGCGGGAAAAUUGCAGUUUGGAGCAAAACAUUUCAACUAUAAUUAUGUUUUGUUCCACUGGAGAGUGGUUUGUCUCUCUCUUCUUUUUUAACAGGUAUUUUUUCAGCAUUUCUGCUUCAUUUGACAGUGACAGCUUGAGAGAGACAGGAAGAGCAGAGGAGACAAAGGGGAUGACAUGCAGCAAAGGGCCUGGACUGCAAUUGAACCCUGGGCGCUGCUGUAAAGACUCAGUCUUGACACAUGGUCUUGUGCGUUAUUAUGCAAGCUAUUGGGGCGCCAGUGGCUAUGUUUCCUAAUUCAGACAGGUGGAAGGACAGUGGAGAGUUCUUUUUUUUUAACCCCUGAAGACUUUUACAACCUCACGUUUGUUCUGAAACUUGUUUUGGACGUAAAUGAGAACAUUUAACUUCAAGAAAGACUUGUGUGCUGAUGAUUCAGAGCCUCACAUUCCCCAUGAUCGUCUUCAGAGCUGAGUGUAUAUUGUAAAUAGUAACUUUUGGUAUUGAAAUCUUUACAUACACUGUAAAUACGACAAAGCUGAGGUAAGUCUGUAAUGACCUAUUUGAUUGCAGACAAUUUUAGUUUUGGCUUUCAGUUCGUCCAGCUGAGAAUUUUCAUUUUGUUUACUUGUGUUACACCAACAGUAACAGUACCUUAUACUCUUACAUUGCCACAUUGGGAAACUUGCUGAGUCAAUUUAAUUUAACUUAACUUGACUGUUAAAUUCACCAACAAGCAACUGAUUAGUUACUUUGACAGGAGUUUCUAAUUAGGCAACAUUUCCAGAGGCUUUUGUUGAAGACCGAUUUAUUAGUGCAAGAGCUAGUUGUCUUCAGGUGCGUCCGUACUAAAUAAACAGCUAAAUAAUGCAUUGUAGAGAGCUAUGAUGCAAUUAUUAUUAGAUAAGUUAAGUUCUAGCAUGGGGUGUUAAAGUGCAGGCUAAAAAAGUAGUUCUCAGCCAGCAAUGACUUUGCUGUCCUGACUUCAUUGAGGAGUUCUUUCCACCCCUGUGGAACUAAAACAAAGAACAGGGUUCGACCAUUGCUGGGAGGUAGGAAGGAACAGUUCCUUUCACGAGCUGUAGCGGUGUGGCUCACACCGUGGCAUUGUCGGAGCUGCAGUAGUCCAGGCAGGAAAUGACAAGCACCUGCAGGAUCACUUGGGCUGAUUCCACUGGGAGGGUAAUGUCAAGGCUGAUCCCUCAUGCGUUGUACCACCUACUACAGUGAUCAAAAUUUAGGAUAUCUGCUACACUUUUUCACUUUCUGGUGGAGAUUUUAAUGAGAAGAGAUAAGAUGAGAAGGCACUAAGUAGUCUCCAAGCAAUCAGCGAAGACUCCAGGAAUUUGUACCAGACUAUUUCUUGACACAUUCUCACUACGACCUUGUCACAUAUUGGUGUUUGGUCAUGGACUUUCCACGUCCAGAUACAACAUGCAAGGUACCCUGGGUGCAUUGGAUUUUUACACCAUGUCAAGUUCUGCCUGUUACAUGCAUUGUCAUCUUUCAAAAUACACUUCCGUUUUCACAGGAAAUUUAUCAUUUACAUACAGUCUCACACUACAUUGGUACAACACCAGUACUGACAUAUGGUUGGGUUUAGGAAACAAAAGUAUGUGAUUGGGUUUAGGAGAUGAACGCCUCUCUCCCGGUUAAAAGUUGGUGUUUGUUGCUGCCUUAACUUUCGUUGAUGUCCUGCUUUGUUUCCCACUGACACCGUUAUAGUGACCAGCUGUGUAUCGUGCAGACAUUAAAAGACGGCUGUUUUCGUUGGUAUCUGACGCCAGAAGUUACUGCCCAAGCAACGACUUUGGAGUGAGACCUGGUUGUGCUUGACUGCAGUCAAUAAAUAGUCUGGUACAUAACCCCAGGUAAAACUGUUGUUUUCAUAAGGAUUAAAACCACAGACUGUAAAAAUAAUGGACGUAGCCAUGGUGAGGCUAAGUGUUUCCUCCUGUUUCCAGUCUUUGUGCUAAGCUAAGCUAAGCUAACUGUCUGUAGCCAUAUAUUUAACGGACAGAUAUGAGAGUGGUAUCAAUCAUCUCACAUCUAAUUCUCCAUCAGGAAGUGAAUAUUUCUUUAAAUGUCCAAAUUUUGCUUUAAGUUACAAGACUGACUCACAAAUAGAAGCAUUAACGACUCUUAAUGUUAGAAUGAGACAAUUUAAAUUAACCAGACUCAAAAGCGACAAUCACAUCUAAUUAUAUUAAGGACAUGAUAAAUGAUGAGUUCACAGAACUUUCUGAUUUUCUAAGGCAUCACAGAUGAAUGUUUUAACUGUGUGAUUUUAGAUCGCAAGAGAAAAGUGUGGUUUAUUGGCAUAACAAAAUGUUUUUAUUCUUAAUUGCUUAAACUUUAUGAUUCAUAUAAUGUCUGUUUACAGUGUAGGUAGCAGAGCCCAUUGUUUCCCUGAAAGGGAGGCAUUUCCUGAGCUGGAUUUCCAUGGCAGGGUCCCUCCCUGUUUUACACCAUUCUCUGCAUUCUCUGUGUUUCCUCUAACUUUCUCUCUCUGGAGAAAUCCUGCUUUGCAUUUCCUUCACUUGCAGUCUUAAAUUACGACUCUGAAGAUGUCCUGUUAUUUAAACAAAUGUCAAAAUUUCACAGACAAAUUUUAACUGGUUCAUUUGUCUCUUUAGCGCAGUACAACUAAGAUGUAGUUUGUACAGCUGCAUCUUCUGAAUAUGUUCCUCAGUGUGCACAUGAAGGCGUUUACAGAUGAGCUCAAUUCAUCAUUCUGUAAAGCAGCGUUGUCGACACGCAGGUAACAUCUGUCUGUUGUUGAUAUUGGGUAACCUGAGCAUCCACCUUGGCCCUUAACAAGCUUUUAAGAUGAGUUUUCUUUCAAUAUUUAACCACAUUUUCCCAACAGGCCUCUCAUUCAUAAUUCAACAAUAGUUUGUAAAUUCAUGAGGGAAGCUGUUUUAGCUUGUUUGUUGCUUUCUUCUUGCCGGGGUGAAAACAGAGACCUUGUGUGACAUGCCUCCUUAGUCUUUUCUGUAUCCAAGUCUGCUCGUGAGGCCGCUGUCUCCAUACUAAAAGCCCGUUAAUUCAAUCUGUGCAUGUACUGCAGCAUUGUCUCUUAAUUGGUUGUAAGCUGAGCAGGAAAGACAUUUGUAACAAUAUACUGCUGCGGCAAUUAAAUAAAACGAGGGACUGUCAUGCGAGGAUGAAUACGAAUGUGUUUGUGUUCUGGAUCUGAUUAAUAUUUAUUGAGGGUUUUCAUCUCAAAAUGUUAUUUGUUAAUUUUAGAAUGCUCAUUGAGAUGCUUCAUACAGGGGUAAAAAAAACAUACAUGAGGCAAUUGUUGUGGUACAUACAAGUGUUAUCUUUUCCAUCGAUUCUUUAAUCCUUGAGUUAUAAAGAGCAGGUAGGUGUUGCAUCUUAAUGCAAUAUAUGCAUGUAUAGUAAAACUUAAAGCACCUUGUUGAACUGGUUUGUAACUCAGUCACAAACUCACCUAUUCACAUUUAGCAGGUUGCAAAUACUCCACCAGAGCUGAGCCCCUCCCCACUGGACAAAAAACCCAUUAACAUCCACUAAUAUCUGGCUUUUAUCUUUAGCGGGGAAGGUUACAAUCAGCAUUAAUUCCUUGGACAAAUGACUCUGCAGUAGUCAGCUCUGAUUGGCUCAGUGGUGGAAACAUGACACCUGUGUAGACAUGCUAUUUUUCGCCCUUUUUGUGGUGUAAUGCAAUGACACACAAGUUCCAAAUUAUUAUGCACUGAGUUAGAAAAAAAACAAAAACACUACAAAAUAAAAAGGAAGUACCCUAACAUUUUCACGGGCCCUCAUGCUGCUUUAUACUGUUUAUUAACCGUAUUUUUCUGAAGUUCUGGCUCGUCUGUGAUAUUCAGUUUUACACAACAGUAAAAAUAAAACAGAAUGGAACACUCAUCUACUACAGAUUGCUUAAUGGGAAAGGAGUCUAUCCAUUAUUUUUAGCAGGUUUUCCCAUGUUUAAAAAAUCUGCAUGUAUGUGAUAAUCUUGGUGAAAAAAGGAUAAAUGAAAGGUCACUAACAGCAGUGGCAGCUUAGACCAGUAGAUCUAGAUAUACUGUAUCGAUGUCGCCUUCUCCAGGCAAUAGAAGGUAACAGCUGCUGUAAAUUGACAUCUCAUGUUUGGUAACACUUGUAAAUAUAAUAUUAACUGAUAAAUACUUCUUGAGGUGUGAAUUAGGCUGUGUGUGUGUGUGAUUUAGGGCCUUGGUCUGUCAGGUGCAAAGGCGGACCUAGCACAACAUUGCUAGAGAACUGCAAAACCUUGUAGACAGGAGGCCAGGAUCAAUGGAUUAGUCAGCAAAGCCUGUGACUUAUGCCCUGACUACAUGUUUUCAGAUAUUUUUGAAAAUGGACACUUCCCUCUAUGUUUUGGUCUCUUGUCCACACGAAAACCUAGCUGGUCUCACACUGACGAAAAAGCCCUCCCUUCAUUUUGGAACAGGCUGUGUGUAAACGGUAAAUUUCCUGUGAAAACGGAGGUGUAUUUUGAAAAGAGACAAUGAACGUAACAGGCAGAAUCUGACAUGGCGUCCUAGAUCAUCAACAGCCAACACAUUCAAGGUACCUUGCACAUCAGUGAGUGCAAAUGUGUUGCACAAAGAGUUCUAGGUCACUAAAAUGGAAUUUUUAAAACUCCUUCUAUAAUCUUGAGGACCUUAAGAGUACAAACCAUCCUACUUUGCACUGGUUGGCGGACUAUCCUAAUCUGUUAAACAUGGAGAAAACACAAGUGUGGCCUAGGCGACUACUGGGUCAAUUAAAACCCAGCAUGUAACAGCUCACUCAAAGCAAAAAGGUUGAUGUCACAGAGCCCAGCUUUUUGUCCCCAGAUAGAACGUGAGUCCUCACAAUGUCAGUGUGUGAACAGAUGUUUGUCCCCACAACAUAUUUAGCAGUAAAAGAAGCUAUUCAAAAAGAUAACAGCCGAUGGAUGUAUCACUCAAUGCCUGCAGGUGGUGCUAGUGUAAAAAAAACUCGAGAAGCAUCUGGGGAUCUGCAUGUGAAAAUCUGCAGUUUCCGAUUUUCACUUUAACUAACCUUUGUGUCCUUGUUCUUGAAACGAGCAUAAACACAGUUUCUUGAGUAACAGGCUUGGCUGACACUCUGCAGGUUCAUCAAUCUGACCCGGUCUCCCUGCAAAUGGUUUGUCCCAGAAGCCCUUGACUCAAAUUGCCGAUUCUUGGUAAUUGCAUCUGUCCUCUUCUCAUUUUCUAAUCUCUGCAGCUACACAGAGAGGAAAUGGCCAUUGUUUUAAUUGCCCUCAAUGUCGUCACCUGUGCGUGAUACCAAAACAAGUCCUUUACUUGUACAACUGAGGGAAGCAAGUGUGGUCAGGUCAAGGCUAAACAUCUCCUGACAACU